UCAGGCUUCCUGUGCAUGGGGAGUGUUUCUGCAGCAGGGCUGGGAACUCAGCCAGGGACUGGGGAGGGGGGCCUGGGGGAGGAACCCUGGACCCCUCUCCUGGCAGCUGUGUAUGACCCUAAUGGUCCGAUGAGGCCCUCAGGUUGUCUGGGUGACAGAGAGGGCGGGGAAGCCAGGCUGCAGCAGACGCAGGUUUUGAGGUAAAGCAGGUGCCCAUGGAGACCCGCAGAGCCAGCCUGCCCUGGAAUCGCAGCUGCUUCCUCCUCCCUUGAGAGCCUUCUGUCUCCCAGGUCCAUGUCUCAGCCAUGCUCCCCACGGAAGUGCCCCAGUCCCACCCGGGCCCCUCAGUGUUGCUUCUGCUGCAGCUGCUGCUGCCCCCCACAUCUGCCUUCUUCCCCAACAUCUGGAGCCUGCUGGCUGCCCCUGGCUCCAUCACCCACCAAGACCUAACUGAGGAGGCAGCACUCAACGUCACCCUGCAGCUCUUCCUGGAGCGGCCACCCCCAGGCCGCCCCCCUCUUCGUCUUGAGGACUUCCUGGGUCGAACACUCCUUGCUGAUGACCUCUUUGCCGCCUACUUUGGACCUGGUUCUCCUUCUCGGCGGUUCCGAGCAGCCUUAGGUGAGGUGUCUCGUGCCAAUGCGGCCCAGGACUUCCUGCCGACUUCCAGGAAUGACCCCGACCUGCACUUUGAUGCUGAGCGACUGGAUCAGGGACGCACGCAACUGGUAGGGGCUCUGCGGGAGACCCUGGUGGCAACCAGAGCCCUUGACCACACCCUGGCUCGCCAGCGCCUCGGGGCUGCACUUCAUGCCCUGCAGGAUUUCUACAGUCAUAGCAACUGGGUGGAGCUGGGUGAGCAGCAGCCACACCCUCACCUCCUCUGGCCAAGACAGGAGCUCCAGAACCUGGCGCAAGUGGCUGAUCCUACCUGCUCUGAUUGUGAGGCGUUGAGCUGCCCUGGGAAUUGGCUGGGCUUCACACUCCUCACCUCUGGCUACUUUGGAACUCAUCCCCCGAAACCUCCAGGGAAAUGUAGCCACGGGGGCCAUUUUGACCUGAGCAGCUCCCAGCCACCGAGGGGAGGCAUCAACAAGGACAGCACAUCCCCAAGCUUCUCCCCUCACCACAUGCUGCACCUCCAGGCUGCAAAACUGGCCCUUCUAGCCUCCAUCCAGGCCUUCGGCCUUCUGCGAAGCCGCCUGGGAGACAGGGAUUUCUCCAGGCUGCUGGACAUCACCCCAGCCUCCAGCCUGAGCUUUGUCCUGGACACCACGGGCAGCAUGGGUGAGGAGAUCAACGCUGCCAAAAUCCAGGCUCGCCACAUUGUGGAGCAGCGGAGGGGCAGCCCCAUGGAGCCUAUCCACUAUGUCCUGGUGCCUUUUCAUGACCCAGGGUUUGGCCCUGUCUUUACAACCAGUGACCCUGACAGCUUCUGGCAACAGCUUAAUGAGAUCCAUGCCUUGGGGGGUGGAGACGAACCUGAGAUGUGCCUGUCAGCCCUGCAGCUGGCCCUGCUGCACACACCUCCACUCUCAGACAUCUUUGUCUUCACGGAUGCCUCCCCCAAGGAUGCCUUUCUCACCAACCGGGUGGAAUCCCUGACUCAAGAACGGCGCUGCCGGGUAACAUUCCUGGUGACUGAAGACACAUCAAGGGUUCAGGGCCGAGCUCGGCGUGAGAUCUUGUCCCCUCUGCGUUUUGAGCCAUACAAAGCAGUGGCCCUGGCCUCAGGAGGAGAAGUGAUCUUCACCAAAGACCAGCACAUUGGAGAUGUGGCAGCCAUUGUUGGGGACAGCAUGGCUGCCCUGGUGACUCUUCCCCUGGACCCUCCUUUUGUGGUGCCUGGGCGGCCACUUGUGUUCAGCGUGGAUGGGCUGCUCCAGAAGAUCACAGUCCGGAUCCACGGGGACAUCAGCAGCUUCUGGAUCAAGAACCCUGCAGGGGUCUCCCAGGACCAGAAGGAAGGCACGGGUCCUCUAGGUCACACUCACCGCUUUGGGCAGUUCUGGAUGGUGACCAUGCAUGACCCUCCACAGACAGGAACCUGGGAGAUUCAGGUCACAGCUGAGGACACCCCCGGGGUGAGAGUGCAAGCCCAGACCUCCCUGGACUUCCUCUUCCACUUUGGGAUCCCCAUGGAGGAUGGACCCCACCCUGGCCUCUACCCCCUGACUCAGCCAGUUGCAGGUCUCCAGACCCAGCUGCUGGUAGAAGUGACAGGGUUGGGUUCCCAAGCGAAUCCUGGGGAUCCUCAGCCGCAUUUCUCCCACGUCAUCCUUCGAGGGGUCCCAGACGGUGCCGAACUAGGCCGGGUGCCUUUGGAGCCCGUGGGACCUCCGGAGCGAGGUCUCCUCGCAGCCUCGCUGCCGCCCACGCUGCUGUCCACCCCUAGACCCUUCUCCCUGGAGCUGAUUGGCCAGGACGGAGCGGGGCGGCGCCUGCACAGGGCUGCCCCUCAGCCUAGCACUGUAGUCCCUGUCCUCCUGGAGCUUAGUGCGCCCUCGGGUUUCUUGGCCCCGGGCAGCAAGGUCUCGCUCAGUGUGCGCGUCGCCAGCUUCUCGGGCCCUCAGGAUCUUGACCUUAGGACUUCUGUCAACCCCAGCUUCUCCCUCACCUCCAACCUCUCCAGGGCUCACCUGGAACUGAAUGAGUCGGUCUGGGGCCGCCUGUGGCUGGAGGUCCCAGACUCAGCGGCCUCGGAUUCCGUGGUGAUGGUGACUGUGACUGCAGCGGGACGAGAAGACAGCCCAGUGCCCCCGACUCAUGCUUUCCUCCGGCUCCUGGUAUUGGCCCCAGCCCCGCAGGACCAGCUCGCCACCCCUACCGGCUCAUCUGACCCAACCCUCACCACCGCCACCCCUGCCUUUUCCCCCUUCACACUGGUGACUCAAGGCAGGGCUGGGGCAGGGUUGGCGGGCAGCCCCUGGUGGGGCACAGUUGGAGGGUUGCUUCUUCUGCGAGGCCUGGCCUCCUGGUGACACAACAGACUCUAGAGGGCUCCAGCACUAUUUUCAACCUGCCCCAUUGGUAAGAAGACCCGGAACACAUUUGUCACAUAGGUCUUAGGACCUUGCCUCUCCUAGCUGGGAUGAAGGUUUUCUUUUUCUUUUUUUUGAGACCGAGUUUUGCUCUUGUUGCCCAGGCUGGAGUGCAGUGGCACGAUCUCGGCUCACUGCAACCUCCGCCUCCCAGGUUCAAGCAGUUCUCCUGAC